ACUACAAAUUCGAGCCUGCUGGGAGAAGGAGUGUUUUCAUCCAGCAGGAAGUACUAUGCCACAGAAAGGAAAGGUAGUACGGGCUUAUUCCAGACCUUCUGCUGAAUCUCUCAUGUUGGGAUGAGGAAAGGGGUUUUUCUAUCAAUGUUGUUGACUUAAAAAUACAACCAGUGCAAACUAACUGAGUUUACAAAAAAAUGUGCACACUUCUUAUGCUCGGUUAAAAAAUCUCCAUUCUUCCUCAUGUAAAUCAAGGCUUAGACAAAUAAUCUGUGGCUCACGGUCUCCAGCAUUCUAGGUGUGGAAAAUGCCGCCUCUGCAGUUCACAGAUAAUAAUAAAGAUCCAUACAGAAUUGAUUUCACCUAAUCAGCGCCAUCCUUUAAAACAAACCAAAAUAAACCCAGUCCAACUUGGCAAAAAUGAAAUGUCAUCACAUCUGUAAGCUACCAGGAAGAGUUAUGGGACUCCGACUACUUCGCUUCUCUUCUGUGGUGAUCUUUCUCUUACUCCUCGUGGCAGGUGCUUUAAUGGCUUUGCUUCCUAACACUAAAGAUGACAAAAUGCCCAAUUUGCGAAGGGAACCAAAAUCCCAGAGCCAAUCUGCCUUGGAUUCAUUUACUCUUGUUAUGCAGACAUACAAUAGGACUGACUUAUUGUUGAAGCUCUUAAAUCAUUAUCAAGCCAUCCCCCAUCUACACAAAGUGGUUGUUGUGUGGAACAAUGUUGGGGAGAAGAUACCAGAGGAAAUGUGGAAUUCCCUGGGACCCCAUCCUGUACCUGUUGUCUUCAAAGUGCAGACUGUGAAUCGCAUGAGGAACAGACUCCAGAUCUUCCCUGAAUUGGAAACACAAGCUGUUUUAAUGAUGGAUGAUGACACACUGAUUAGUGCCUAUGACCUUGCUUUUGCCUUCUCUGUUUGGAAGCAAUUUCCAGAUCAGAUAGUGGGAUUUGUUCCUAGAAAGCAUGUUUCCACUUCUUCAGGUAUAUACAGUUAUGGCAGCUUUGAAUUGCAGACACCUGGAUUUGGAAAUGGGGACCAGUACUCCAUGGUUCUCAUAGGAGCAGCAUUCUUUCACAGUGGAUACCUAGAACUCUUUCAAAAGCAGCCUGAUGCUGUUCAUGCUUUGAUAGAUGAAACUCAAAACUGUGAUGAUAUUGUCAUGAAUUUUCUAGUGGCAAAGCAUACUGGAAAGCCUUCAGGAGUGUUCGUGAAACCUGUUGACAUAAGGAAUUUAGAAAAAGAGACUAACAGUGGUUAUUCCGGAAUGUGGCACCGAGCAGAGCACUUGCUACAAAGAUCUUACUGUCUAAAUAAAUUGGUUAAUAUUUAUAAAAGUAUGCCGUUAAAAUAUUCUAACAUUAUGAUUUCUCAGUUUGGGUUCCCUAAUUAUGCCAAUCACAAGAAUAAAAUGUAAGAAUGUAUAAUAUAAGGGGUAUAAGUUACACAUCAAACAGUAAAUUCAAAUCAGUGUAAGUUAAAUGCUGAGGGACCAGAAGAAGGAAUGCAUUACUCCAGCUUGUCCUCCUUUACACAUAGCCUCUGAAUUUUGCCCACAGUAUUUUCUUUGCCCAGUGUAAGUUAUUGAGAAAGUUUAAAGAACAGUGUGUGUGUGUAAUGUUCACUUAUCAUAAAAUCACCUUCAUCUCUUAAUACUUGAGAAGCUGUUAUUGUCAAAAUUACAGGGCCAGAUCUUCAAAAGCAUGUGCAGAAAAAUGCAUAAUCACUUGGUGCGCACAUAUGAAGAACUUAACUUCUAUUUCUUUAGAAUAUAUUUACCUAAUCA